UUCUUCUCUCUUCUACCGCGUGACCUGCUACCCCUUUCGUACAGCAAUUGGAGCCCCUUUGUUGGCCCGCUGCGCUGAAGAGAAAGCGUCUGCUCUCGCUUACUACUACACAAAAUGUCUGCCGCCGCGGACGUUGACCUGGUCGAGGCGGCCAGGGGCGACAUGCCCCGGAUCGAAAAGGGCAUGCCCGACGCUAAGAAGCCGGCUGCCUACACCGGCGACCUGUCGGACAAGGUCGAGCCGGUCGAGUCCUUUCGGGGCCCGAAUGGCGAGAUCUACCCUACCGAAGAGGAGAUUUUGACACUCCGCCACACCCACGGCAAAGUCAACUGGCUCAUCUACAGCAUUGGCAUUGUCGAGAUGGUUGAGCGCUUCGCGUACUAUGGAACCACGGCUGUUUUCGUCAACUUUAUCUCGAUGCCGAUGCCCGCUGGCUCGACGACGGGAGCGGUGACUCCCCAGGAUGACCAGGCCGGAGCACUGGGACUCGGCCAGCAGGUAUCCACCAGCAUCACGCUGUUCAGUUCUUUCUGGUCAUAUGUCAUGCCCAUGGUUGGUGGCUACGUGGCCGAUACGUACUGGGGCAGGUUUUUGACGAUCCAGUACGCCAUCGUCAUCGCCACCUUUGGUCAUAUUCUCAUCAUCGUGGCCGCCAUCCCUUCCGUUAUUACCAACACCAGUGGUGCGCUCGCCGUGUUCCUCAUCGGCCUGGUCUUCUUCGGUACCGGUGUGGGCUGGUUCAAGGCCAACAUCUCACCCCUGAUCGCAGAGCAGUACGAGUUGGCGCAGCCACGGCAGACGGUUGAGACGCUCUCCACCGGGGAAAAAGUCAUCAUCGAUCCCGUCAUGACCAUCUCGCGUAUCUACAUGCGAUACUAUUUCCUCAUCAACGUGGGAGCCCUUGUUGGCCAGAUCAGCAUGGUUUACGCCGAGAAAUACGUCGGCUUCUGGCUUUCGUACCUCCUGCCCACCAUUCUCUUCUUCCUCUGCCCCAUCAUCAUGAUUGCGUCGCGCAAGCAGUAUGCCAAGCGGCCGCCCACUGGGUCCGUUCUCGGCAAUGCCAUCAAGCUCGUCAGGCUAGGCAUCAAGAAGGGCUCCUUUGGUGAGAUCAAGCACGACUCCUUCUGGCAGCGCAUCCAGCCCAGCCGCCUGCCCGCCUCGGAGCGGCCUGCGUGGAUGAGCAAGAUCGACGACGCCUGGGUCGACGAGGUCCGCCGUGGCCUCAAGGCAUGCGCGGUGUUCCUCUGGUUCCCCAUCUUCUGGCUUGCAUACAACCAGAUGAGCAGCAACAUGAUCAACCAGGCCGCCAGCAUGAGGCUUGACGGCAUCCCUAACGAUGUCGUUACGAAUCUGAACCCCUUCUCGCUGCUGAUCCUGAUCCCGAUUUGCGACAAGUUCCUUUACCCGGGGCUGGCCAAGCUCGGCAUUCGAUUUACUCCCAUCAGGAAGAUCUCAUGCGGAUUUCUGUUCGCAGCUCUGUCCAUGGUGGUUGCGGCCGUCAUCCAGAGUGAGAUCUACAAGCAAAGCAUUUGCGGCACCAGUGCGUCGAGCCGCAAUUGCCGGAAGACACCCCCGGACCUGACGGUGUGGAUCCAGACGCCGGCGUACGUCCUCAUUGCGCUAUCCGAAGUGUUUGCGUCCAUCACGGGACUCGAGUACGCCUUCACCAAGGCACCCAAGAACAUGCGUGGUCUCGUCACGGGUGUUUUCUGGUUCGUGCACGCCUUCAGCUCUGCCAUCGCCCAAGCAUUUGUCCUCCUAGCCAAGGAUCCGCUCCUCAUCUGGCUGUACACGACAAUUGCUUGCAUCAGCGCUGCUGGCGGCAUUGGGUUCUGGCUCAACUUCCGUAAACUCGAUGGCGAAGAGGAGCAGCUCAACGCCUUGCCCGAGUCUCACUACAAGGGCCGCGGAGAGUCUUCUGUGGACGAGGAGAAGACUGCUAAUACCUAAGUCGCUGGGGGCGAGGACUGGCUAGGAACCGAGGCGUUCUCUGGCAUGGUGAAUGGGGAGCAUGCUGACAUUGGUUGGCGGUUUGGUGAGUAGCACCAGGCUGGACUGAAUGCUUGCAGAUACCAGUCUUGAUACCAACUUAUUUACUAUUUUACCGCGUGAAUUCCCUGAG